AUGCAGUCGGACCCUCCGAAGAAGAAGUCGGAGAAGAAGGCGGAAAAGCAGCUCUUCGAUGCCGCGUCCUUCGGGAAGGACCUGCUGGCCGGAGGCAUCGCGGCGGCUGUGUCGAAGACCACGGUGGCGCCCAUCGAGCGCGUGAAGCUGCUGCUGCAGGUGCAGGCAUCGUCCAAGCAGAUCAGCCCCGAGGCCCAGUACAAAGGCAUGGUGGACUGCCUGGUGCGGAUUCCCCGUGAGCAGGGUUUCCUCAGUUUUUGGCGUGGCAAUUUGGCAAAUGUUAUUCGGUAUUUUCCAACACAAGCUCUAAAUUUUGCUUUUAAGGACAAAUACAAACAACUUUUCAUGUCUGGAGUUAAUAAAGAAAAACAGUUCUGGAGGUGGUUUUUGGCAAACCUGGUCUCUGGUGGAGCGGCGGGAGCCACAUCCUUGUGCGUAGUGUAUCCGCUAGAUUUUGCCCGAACCCGACUAGGUGCCGAUAUUGGAAAAGGUCCCAACGAGCGACAAUUCAAGGGCUUAGGUGACUGUAUUAUGAAAAUAGCAAAGUCGGAUGGAAUUGUUGGCUUGUACCAAGGAUUUGGUGUUUCAGUGCAGGGCAUCAUUGUGUACCGAGCCUCUUAUUUUGGAGCUUAUGACACAGUUAAGGGCUUAUUACCCAAACCAAAGGAAACCCCAUUUCUUGUCUCCUUUUUCAUUGCUCAAGUUGUGACUACAUGCUCUGGAAUACUCUCUUACCCCUUUGACACAGUUAGAAGGCGUAUGAUGAUGCAGAGUGGUGAGGCUGAACGGCAAUAUAAAGGAACUUUAGACUGCUUUGUGAAGAUAUACCAACAUGAAGGAGUCAAUGCAUUUUUUCGUGGCGCCUUCUCCAACAUCCUUCGUGGUACAGGGGGUGCUUUAGUGUUGGUGUUAUAUGAUAAAAUUAAAGAAUUCCUUAGUCUUGGUAGUGGAGGUAGUUCAUCAGGAGAUUAAACUGAGAAAUGGAUAUAUUUAACUUGUUGAACAUACAAAUUACAUAGCUGCCUUUUGUAUAAAUUCUGAUAGUUUGUUAUCACUGUUUUUUAAGUGGUAAUUCUGCAAUAAAGUAUAUGCUUUUUCAAAGAUUUAAAUUCUAAAAAUCCUAUAAAUGUGUGUUUCCUUCCCACUUACACUCAAACUCACUUUAAUGAGACAUGUUACUUGUAAUUAGUAUAUGUUAUUUUUAUUAGUUUAAAAUCCUUAUGUUUGUGAUGAAAAAUUAAAGUGUAUAAUGUUAAAAUAUAAGACAUGAAAGUUCUUUUAAAAUGCUAUUCUUCUAAUAUUGUCUUCCCAUCUUUUAAAAUCAUAUAAUGUGACAAAUAUUUCUUAAAAACUGAUUGAAAGAUGUCAUCAUUAUAUCCGUGGGCAUAAGUAAGCUUUCUUCAACAUCUUUAAGACAGCUCAGUUUAUUACUAAGUAUAAUGUUUCUGGUAUUAUAAAGCUUUUAAGAAACACAGGUUCUAGAUCUCAUAAAACACUGAUAAUGACUGUAAUGACACUGUAAACCUGUUGCUGGGAAUUAAAAGCUAUAAAAUGUCAUAUCUGCUAACUUUUAUUUUUAAAAUGAAUAGACUCUUGCUAAUGUGAAUAUAUCUUGGAACAAAAAAAGUCCCCUUGAAAAUUAGUUUUUGUGUCUUGUAUUGAUAAUAAAGGAAGUUUAAAAGUUAAAUAUGAGCUUUUUUUCUUGAUUCUAACUUUAUUUAAUAAGCAUAGAGGAACAAAUGUUGUGUCAGAAUUGGGAACUG